ACAUAAACAAUCUGCAGAGGCUAUGAAAAACAUCCGCAAAUAUGAACGGCGUGUCAAAGAGCUUACUUUCCAGAAUGAAGAACACAGGAAGAACAUGAUGAGGUUACAAGAUCUGGUAGAUAAACUGCAGAUGAAAAUCAAAUCCUACAAAAGACAAGCUGAGGAAGCUGAUGAACAAGCCAAUACUAAUCUCUCCAAAUUCAGAAAAGCACAGCAUAAGCUAGAAGAGGCUGAGGAAAGGGCAGAUAUUGCUGAGAGUCAAGUAAACAAGCUCAGGGCUAAAACCCGAGAAGCCCCUUCUACAAAGGUGGUGUUAGGAAGUGAAAAAUGAGCUUCCUCUGGGAUAACCAGAACUUAAACGAAGUAUCUUUCCAGCUGUGGAUUUGCGGUAGCUAGAGCUACACUGGUAGGAAGUAUUCUUCCAUUUGCUUAUGGACACAAACAUUUUCUGUCACUCUGCUGCUGUACCAGUGUCAAUAAAGUAGAUCUGCAACUUCAGAUGCUCCAAAUGUUGGUGUUCAGAUGAGAGACAUUUUCUUUCUAAGUUAAGCAUAGUCAAAACUGUGGGUUCAAGUCUUACUGCUGCUAUGAUCAUGUUUGAGCAAUUUUGUCCUGGCCUUAAAAUCUAGGUGUUUGACAGGCUUCCUCCGUACCUUCUGCUUGAAAGCAGAUAUCCUGACCUUGUUAAAUGAAGCUGAGAAGAGACUACUGUAUGAGCACGUCAAACAUGCAAUGUGAACAAAAUUACAGCAUUCAUGCCUAGUUUCACUGCUGUAUCUCUGCAUGGGAGAACAAGACUGGUCUAGCCUGUGAGCCCACAGCCAUCUGUGUGCAUUACAAAUCAAGAAUUUCUAAUCUUCUUGUAGUCAAACUGCAUUUCAGAAAGUUUGCCCACUUCUGAGCUAUCCAGUUUGCAGCUCU